UUUAAUUUGAUCCCUCCACGAAGACCCAAGUAACGCACAGACACACCCCUAUUCUUCCGCUCUCGUAGAAAUCGCAGAUUUUUAUUUUUUCUCGCACUUUUCUUAUUUCCCACUCUCACUCUCACACUCAACUCUCAGAUCUUCUUUUCAUUUCCACGCUUCAAUUAGUUUUGUGCAGGAAUAGAGAAGCAGAGCAACUAAGGGUUGUGUUGUGUUCUUGCGUUCCCCUUUUUUUCUGAAAUUAUUGUAUUUUUAACAAAAGGUAUAUAUGCAUUGGAUAAUGGGUCUAUGAUAAUAACUCAAAAAGUUGUUAUUUUCAUCGCAAUUGUGGUUGCUGAUUCUCGUGCAACAAGGAGUUCUUCAAUUUUGAAAAUGGGCUUCUGAAGAAAGGAAAACGAGAAAUGGAGAUGGAGAAAAGACGUUCCAAGUCCAAGGGAAGCUUCCUCAGCUUGUUUGAUUGGAACUCCAAAUCUCGGAAGAAGCUGACUUGGAACGAUCCUGAGGUUUCAAAGCAAGGGAAGGAAAAUGUGGACAACUUACCAAAGUCUCGUCUCACUAGGAUAAAGGUGGAUGAAGUUGGAGCAAGUCCAAGUAACAAUCAAAGUUGUGAUUUUGACAGCACCCUCUCAACUUGUAGCGAUGAAGGAUGUGGGAGUAAAGCCCCUGGGUUAGUAGCGAGACUCAUGGGUUUGGACUCGUUGCCAGCAGCAGCAGUCACUGAGUUCUCCUGCACUUCAUUGUAUGGCUCUAAAUCUCACGGAGCUUCUAAUUGUAAUGAAGGUGCUCUUCACUCAGUGGAUGACUUUCACCCUGCAGACUACAUAAACACACCACUCAAGCUGGAUAAGUCUUCUUUGGAUGCCAUGGAGUCAAGGGCACGAAAAGUGGAAAACCAUCCAAUGAAGAGAUUCCAAAGUGAAAUGUUGCCUCCAAAAUCGGCUAAACCAAUUCCAGUUACUCACAAUAAACUGUUGUCUCCUAUCAAGAGUCCUGGUUUUCUGCCACCAAAAAAUGCAGCUCAUGUAAUGGAGGCAGCUGCUAAGAUAAUUGAGGCAAGCCCUCGGCCAUAUUUGAAGAAUAGAAUGGCAUCAACAGGGCCCUCAUCUGUUCCCUUGAGAAUUCUCAAUUUGAAAGAGAGAUUGGAAGCUGCACAAUAUGCAUCCGUGCCUGGAAGGCCUGUGGAUAUGAGCAAUACCUAUUCUGCAAAUGGCAAGCUUAGUGAGAGGAGCAGUAAUUUGUAUAAAUGCACUUCAGAAUUCAAGGUUUCAAGAGGUUCAGAAAAAAAUAGUACUUGCCAUUUAGCAGGUAAAGGAAAAUCAGUUUCACUUGCAUCACUAGCCAAAAACAAUACUCAAAGUAGAGAUACAUUGAUUUCAAAUGGUAAUAGGAAAUGCAUGAAACAGAUAGAGAAGAAUGAGAAAAAGUCAAAUCAGCUCUCAAGGAGCCAGAAAUCAAGUUCACAACAAGCCAUGCAGCAGAGACCUUGUUCAAGCCGGAAUAACAUUGUUCUUGGGCAGAAUAACCAAAAGCAAAACAGCAUGACCCUCAAAGGUAAAUCAACUUCAAAAAUAGAUUCCAAUAAGCCAACAACACGAGCUUCACCUCCAGAAACUUCCACUGGAAUAAGGAAGACAAAAAACAAGAGUGCUAUAAUUGCCAAUAUUCAGCCUAAAAGGUCAAGCACUAGGGCAACUGAUAACCAAAAGGAGUUUCCACGAUCCAAAACACAGAAUAUUUCCCAGAAGAAAAAGUAUAUCAGCAGAGAUGUUCAAGAGGCAAGAGGUCCUGAUAAUGCAGUAAAUAAUUUUGGAAAUAAGUCCAUUAAAUGCAAUUUUACUACUGAUGGAAGUCUUGAUCAAGAUGCAUUUAACAUGAAAGAAAGCAAGGAUGUUAUAUCAUUUACAUUUACAUCUCCCUUGAGGAGAAGCAUGGCUGAUUCACCAUCCUCUACUGAGCAAGUGAUGGGAACCAGAAAUAGGAUGGAUGUCAACUCUCUUGGGCAUAAUGAUAAUCUUAAUCCCAAAAAAUUAUCACUAUCUCUGCCAGGGCCACAUAUGAUAGAUAGUGAUGCUUUAAGUGUCCUGUUGGACAAAAAGCUGCAAGAAUUGACAUCUAGAAUUAACUUACCUCAAUGUACCCUGGCCACAGAGGGGUCUUCUUCUGGUUUGGGAUCUAGAGUGCAAGACAAAGUUCCCAGUAUGGCAAGCACCAUGCCUAAGGAACAAGAGAAAAGCUUUUGCCCUGACCUGUUUAGUGAUAAACUGGAUAGCAUGCAACUGCAGACAUCAGAAGCAAGGGAAGAUCAUAGCUGUAGCAGCAACAGUGAAAGUGGAAAUGAUCUAGUUUGUUGGGAUUCCACUGCUGUUGCAGGUUAUGAAACUCCUUUUGUCAGUGAAAGUUACUUGGAUAGUGAAGACAGUGCUUAUGGCAGCACAGUUUAUUCUUCCAUGCAAGAUGAGGAAGUAUCUAAUCUUUCGCAGAUAAGCGAAUCUGUAUCACUUGAAAAUGAGGGGAAAGGGUCAGAGCAAAGCUCUUCUACAUCUGGUGGCAGAAAUAUGACCAUCAAACAAAUAAGUGGAAUAUCAAAUUUAGUUGAUUUUAAAAGAUCAAGUAACUCUGAAUUUGAAUAUGUGCAAGAUAUUCUUGGCAAUGCAGAGUUUAUGGCAGAAGAGUUUGUUGUGGGUCAAACUAGUACAGUCAUAAUGCCAAAUCUCUUUGAUCUGUUGGAGAAUCAGAAUAAUGGAACAGAAAACUAUGGAGAAGAGUACUGUAAGCUUGAAAGGAAGGCUAUAUUUGACUGUGUGAGUGAGUUCCUAGAGUUGAGAUGUAAGCGGGCUUUUGUCGGAACGUGCAAAGCAUGGCCUGGAUGGAUGAUGUCAGUUCAGAGGAAGAUCUGGAUGGCAAAUGAACUGUACAAGGAGAUGCAGAGUUUUAAAAGCAUGGAAGAGAUAAUGGUGGAUGAGCUUGUCAGCAAGGACAUGAGCUCUGGAUGUGGGAAAUGGCUUGACUUUGAUGUUGAAGCAUUUGAAGAGGGUUUAGAGGUUGAGGAGAUGAUACUAGCUUAUUUGAUUGAUGAAUUGGUUUCUGAUUUGUUACUUGUUUAACCCCCCAAGUGGCUUCCAUUUUUUACAAUAUAUAUUAGUGUAUGAACAAAAGGAUAUAUAUCAUUAAAAUUCUUGAAAUGAAA